AUGAGUGGCCUGGUAGGAAAGCUGGACCCCCGCAGGAUACAGUGGGGCUCAACAUGGAACACUUUUGCAUCCCGUGUCCUGAGGACCAAACCUGUGGAGUCCAUGUUGGAUUCAGCCAUGUCAGGAACCGGCUCCCACGGGACCAGACUGGCCCGGGUGUUAUCUACGGUGGACCUGGUGUCGCUGGGUGUGGGCAGCUGUGUCGGGACGGGGAUGUAUGUGGUCUCCGGGCUAGUUGCCAAGGAGAUGGCCGGUCCGGGGGUCAUUGUGUCCUUCAUUAUUGCCGCUGUGGCCUCCAUACUGUCAGGAGUGUGUUAUGCAGAGUUUGGCGUGCGUGUGCCUAAGACCACAGGUUCAGCCUACACAUACAGCUAUGUGACCGUGGGCGAGUGCGUGGCGUUUUUCAUCGGCUGGAACUUAAUUCUGGAGUAUCUGAUUGGCACGGCGGCGGGGGCGUCGGCUCUCAGCAGCAUGGCGGACUCGCUGGCCAAUCACAGCAUCAGCAACUUUAUGAUUUCACACAUUGGGACGCUCAAUGGCUUGGGUAAAGGGGAGCAGUCAUACCCAGACCUGCUGGCGCUGCUGAUAGCACUGCUGGUGACGGUGAUAGUGGCUCUGGGAGUGAAGAAUUCUGUGGGCUUCAACAACGUGCUCAACGUCAUCAACCUCAUAGUGUGGGUGUUCAUGAUGAUCGCCGGGCUGUUCUUCGUCAACGGAGAGAACUGGGACGAGGGGAGAUUCCUGCCCUUUGGCUGGUCGGGGGUGAUGCAGGGAGCCGCCACCUGCUUCUAUGCCUUCAUCGGGUUCGACAUCAUCGCCACAACAGGAGAGGAAGCCAAGAGCCCCAACACCUCCAUCCCCUAUGCCAUCACUGCCUCACUCAUCACCUGCCUCACUGCCUAUGUCUCUGUUUCUGUGAUCCUGACUCUGAUGGUACCAUACAAUGAGAUCGACGCAGACGCCCCGCUCAUGGAGAUGUUCGCUGUGCACGGCUGCAUGUUUGCAAAGUAUAUUGUUGCCGUUGGCUCCAUAGCCGGACUCACCGUCUCCUUGCUGGGGUCCCUGUUCCCCAUGCCCAGGGUCAUCUACGCCAUGGCAGGGGAUGGCCUGCUGUUUAAGUUCCUGGCAAAUGUCUCUUCCUACACAGAGACCCCUGCUGUUGCCUGUGUGGUGUCAGGCUUUCUAGCAGCCCUGCUGUCUCUCCUGGUCAGCCUCAGAGACCUCAUAGAGAUGAUGUCCAUAGGAACCCUGCUGGCCUACACCCUGGUGAGCCUCUGUGUACUACUGCUACGUUACCAACCUGAGGGCGACAUCCACGGCUUUGUGAACUUUCUCUCUGAAGAGCAGAACAACAAGAGGAAGGAAGGCGUUCUGGCCGAAUGCGAGAAGGACGCCUGCUCGCCAACCAGUGAGGCCGAUGAGUACGGAGGUCCGCCCACUAACACCUGUGGAGCCAAAAACCUGCCAUCACUGGGUGACAACGAGAUGCUGAUAGGCAAACCAGACAAAAACGCCUACACUGCCAGCCACCCAAACUACGGCACGGUGGAUAUGACCACUGGCAUCGAGGCAGAGGAGUCAGAGAGCGGGCUGUCCCGCCGGUUGAAGAAGCUGAUUGGACCACGCUACUACACCUUGAGGAUCCGACUGGGCCUCCCGGGGAAGAUGGACAGGCCGACUCCAGCCACGGGCAAAACUGUCACUGUGUGUGUGCUGCUGCUCUUCAUCUCCAUCUUCGCUUUUUGCUCCUUUAUUAUUUUUGGAGCGAGCAGUAUCGGGGAGGGUCGCUGGUGGGCUUUGCUGCUAUUGAUCUUCUUCAUCAUUUUCAUUGCCCUCCUCGUCAUCAUCAUCCUCCAGCAACCUGAGAACCCAAAGCGACUGCCCUACAUGGCGCCCUGCGUGCCCUUUGUCCCUGCUUCAGCCAUGCUGGUCAACAUUUACCUCAUGCUUAAACUGUCCGCCAUCACCUGGAUACGAUUUUCAAUCUGGUGCUUCGUGGGAGUGCUCAUCUACUUCGGCUAUGGCAUGUGGAAUAGCACCCUGGAGAUCACGGCCAGGGAGAACGAGGUGCACGCCUCCACCUACCAGCGCUACGAUCAGGGUGUGGACGAAGGCUUCUGCGGCUUCGAUGAUGAUUUCUACCCACCCACCACUGACCCCUGGGGUGCGCCUGAGGGGGGAUCGGGGCUCACUCCACCCGCUCAGGCAAAACCUGAAAGCGAGGGGAUCUCAUCUAAAGGUGGAGGCAGGACCGUUGCCAAUCACGGCCUCGCCGAGGAGGACCCGAUGGAUUUCUGAAGGGACUGACUCUGUGUUACCCUGAAUGUACUGCCUUGUCUGCUGCCUGGGGGAAGGGAGGGGAACAGUAGUGUGAGUGCACGAGUGAUUGUUUGUGUGUGUGUGUU